GCGUUCUCUUCUCCGGUUGGUGUGCGUAUAGAAACUGGGGGAUAUUAGAUCCAUUAGUAUUCGGUUAGCCGGAUUGUAGCUGCUGUUAGUGUGCUAAAAACCAGUGUGGAUUAAGUAUUUGGAUAAAUGCAGUAUAUUUUAGGUAGAGAAAACAAGGCUGAAAAGUUUAACUGGCGCUCAGGUAACGUUUACGUGGUACUGGCGUGGAUUUUAUUUCCCCUCCCAGCAUGUAUCUGAUUUUAUUACCUGUAUCAUAACGAGCAGGCUUUCAGCCCCCAUUCAGUUAACGGCGUCUUCUUUGACACAUGCACGCAGACGCCACAGUUAAAAAUUCAGACAGCGAUUCACCGUUGCUCUUAAAGACACAGGAAAUCUUGCGAAAAUGACGAUCAGAUAAAGGUUACCUGUACAGCUUUCAGGCUGUGUCAUCUGCACUUCACUGGUGUUGACGAGAUACCGGGAUCAACAUUGCCGAGUUCCAGAUAGAAAGAGUCCCCUGUCACCUGAUUCCUAAGCAGACUGCUUGUAAGAGUCUUCAACAAUAAAAGUUGGCCAUCAACUAAUUUCUCUUCAUCAAGACUCACUACUGUAGAGCACUAAAUGUCCCUUAGCCUCUUGAAUCACUUCACUCAGUGGCCGUUAUGUUGACCCGAAUCUAAUCUCAUUAGCACCCCAUCCUUACCUUUCCCUCCCAUCUCCCCUCCCAACACCAUUUCCCGACUCCGUCAUGACCAGUUUGAAGCGCUCUCAAACAGAGCGCUCAGUUGGGGGCUCGGUGUCGGCUACCGAUGAGUUCUACACUCGUCGUCUGCGACUGCCUAAUGGAGGGGCACCACCACCUCGCAGUGAGAGCGCCCACAUCUCCUCUUCUUCAACCACGGGCACCAACCCUGGUGUCCCAAAGAUGGGGGUUCGGGCUCGUGUAGCUGACUGGCCACCAAGAAAAGAUGGGGGAGGAGGGGGUGUUUGGCACAUCACUGUGGAAACAGACUCACCCAGCUCUACCAACACCACUAGCUCUUCAGGGUCAGGAAGUGGAGAUAGAGAAAGACUUGAAAGAGGGGGAGGAGGUGGUGGAGGAGGUAGUGGCGGGAGUGGUGGGAGUGGAGGAGGGGGGGUGUCAGCCGUCACAGCCCAUAGCAAUCUGUCAGCCAAGCUGGGUCACCUGAUAAGCCCACAGGACUCAUCCAUGCUGCGCAACAUCCACAACACACUAAAGAGCAAGAUGCAAAGCAAGGGAAAGGACAAUCGCUUCCUGUCACCGGAUGGCUAUCUGGGUUCCCCUCGCAAGGGCAUGAGACGCAUCCGCCAACGCAGUAACAGUGAUAUAACUAUCAGUGAGCUCGACGGGGAUGGAAACGAGGGCUGGUCGUUCUCCGGGUGGACACCCAUGCACCGGGAAUAUGGCAGCACUUCAUCUAUAGACAAGCAUGGUGUGUCAGGAGAGAGCUUCUUUGAUAUGCUAAAGGGAUACCAGUCCGCUGAGGCCCCGGAUCAGCGAAGCCCAGCUCCAGAAAGGCUAACAGAACUCCUUACUGUUGCUCCCAUAAAACAGGCUGCUCUGGAUCUGCCAGAUGGACCUUUAGGUCCAGCCAGAGGUAGUCCUGCCAGUCGGCUGAAGGAACGAGAGAAGCAUUUGAAGAGAAGGUCAAAGUCAGAAACAGGUGGAGAGUCGAUCUUCCGUAAGCUGCGCAGUGUAAAGGUGGAGGGUGACACAUCAAGGGCUGGCUCGGAUGCUGAAGAUGGUGGGAAAGGGGAUGAGAGUGGACCACCUCCCAAACCCUGGGCGUGCCAAAAGGGAUUUGCCCAUUUUGAUGUUCAGUCUCUACUCUUUGACCUCAAUGAGGCGAUUCAAAGUCGGCAAUCUGGAGCCAAACGCAAAAACACCACUACUGGUGCCUCCGCUGCAGCUGCCGCCUCUGCUUCGGCCUCGUCCUCUCUUUCGUCUAAUCAGAGUGGAGUGUAUGGGUCACCUUGUGGCUCCCAAGAAGAGCUAAGCAAGGAGGGGACAGGAGGCGGUACCAACCCUGCCUUGGACCCUGGCGAUGAUAAGAGCAAUGAUUUGGUUCUCAGCUGCCCUUGUUUCAGGAAUGAGAUUGGUGGAGAGGGGGAAAGGAACAUUUCUCCUGUUAAACAGCAGGGAAGCAUAGGAAGCGGUGGGAGCUCAAGCAAUUCCUCUGGCAGUACAGAAGAAGGCCCUUUGGAUGCCACCCUCACUACCCAUUUUACCAAUGCAGGUGUGGCUGUGUUGGAGGCUUCCAAGGACGGGCCUAGUCAACAUGCCGACAGGUCCAAACGAUACAUUGUGGAACAUGUUGACCUUGGUGCCUAUUACUACCGAAAGUACUUUUAUCUCAGAGAGCACUGGAAUUACCUGGGGGUAGAUGAGAAUCUGGGCCCUGUGGCGGUGAGUCUGAGAAGGGAGAAGCUGGAGGAACACAAAGACCAUGGACAGCAGUACAACUACAGGGUCAUUUUCAGAACGAGUGAGCUGAAUACUCUGCGGGGUUCCAUCCUGGAAGAUGCUGUACCUUCGACGUCCAAGCAUGGUCUAGGUCGAGGCCUGCCCCUCAAAGAAGUGCUGGAGUACCUUGUGCCUGAGCUCAAUGUUCACUGCUUACGCCUGGCACUCAACACACCCAAGGUCACUGAGCAGCUGAUGAAGCUGGACGAGCAGGGGCUGAGUUUUCAGCGAAAGGUGGGGGUGAUGUACUGCAUGGCGGGUCAGAGUAGCGAGGAGGAGAUGUACAACAACGAAGCGGCUGGGCCUGCACUAGAGGAGUUCCUCCAUCUGCUGGGCGAGAGGGUUCGUCUAAAAGGCUUCACCAAGUAUCGAGCUCAGCUGGACACAAAGACUGACUCAACUGGCACCCACUCGUUGUAUACUACUUACAAGGAUUAUGAGAUCAUGUUCCACGUAUCCACCAUGCUGCCAUACACACCCAACAAUAAGCAACAGUUGCUGCGGAAGCGACAUAUUGGGAACGAUAUCGUCACGAUUGUGUUCCAGGAACCCGGGGCGCUCCCCUUCACUCCUAAAAACAUCCGCUCACACUUUCAGCACGUCUUUGUGAUUGUGCGAGCGCAUAACCCUUGCUCCGAAAACACCUCCUACAGUGUGGCCGUCACCCGCUCCAAAGACGUACCCUCUUUCGGCCCCCCUAUCCCAGAGGGUGUGACGUUCCCCAAGUCAUCGGUGUUCCGGGACUUCCUGCUGGCCAAGGUCAUCAAUGCGGAAAAUGCUGCCCACAAAUCACACAAGUUCCGAGCCAUGGCCACCCGAACGCGGCAGGAGUAUCUGCGCGACCUGGCUGAGCGGCACACCACCAACACCCCGAUUGACCCCUCUGGGAAGUUCCCUUUCAUCUCGCUUGCCCACAAAAAGAAAGAGAAGACCCGGCCAUAUGAAGGAGCAGAGCUGCGCAGUCUUGGGGCGGUGACUUGGCCAGUCCAUGCUGAGGAUCAUGGGAGUGGAGGAGAAAUGGAGGCCCUGCUGGCCAUUUCCAACGACUUUUUAAUCCUGUUGGACCAGGAGGCCAAGGCUGUGGUGUUUAACUGUGCCACUAAGGAUGUGAUUGGCUGGACGCUUAGCAGCCCCGCGUCUUUGAAGAUUUUCUACGAGCGGGGUGAAAGCGUGUCUCUGAGGAGUAUCAGUAAUAAUACAGAAGACUUCAAAGAGGUGGUCAAACGUCUAGAGUUCCUGACUAAAGGCUGUGAGACAUCAGAGAUGACGCUUCGUCGAAAUGGCCUGGGACAGCUCGGCUUCCACGUGAACUACGAAGGCAUUGUAGCUGAGGUGGAGCCAUACGGCUACGCUUGGCAGGCAGGACUGCGGCAGGGAAGUCGUUUGGUGGAAAUCUGCAAGGUUGCUGUUGCAACUCUGACCCACGAGCAGAUGAUUGACCUCUUGCGGACUUCGGUGACAGUGCGCGUUGUUAUCAUCCCGCCACAUGAUGACGCCACUCCACGCAGGGGCUGUUCAGAGCUCUAUCGGGUGCCUGUGUCAGAGUACAAGGGCAGCAGCAGCGACAGCGGUUCCUUUGAGUACAAAUUCCCCUUCCGCAGCAACAAUAACAAGUGGCAGAGGACAUCAAGCAGCCCUCAGCAAUCGCUGACUGCCUCGCCACAGCCCCACACACCCAACCGAGCCAUCAGCCUCGGUAGCUCAGUGGGAAAGACGCUGUCAGCCGAGAGGCUGGAGAGGGGUGGUGUCAUCCCGCGGAGCGUUAGCAGCGAUGGACGACCUCUAGACACCAAGAGGAUGUCUCCAGGCAGUGAGAGCUAUAGCCUGGCCUCAUCUUUGGCGCUAGGCCGUUCCCCUCAUAACCGCAGCUCUCCCAGCAACCUGUCCUGUUCCAGCGACGCCUCUGGGAGCUCUGCUCACUGGAGACAGAAGUCCAUGCCUGAGCAAUUUGCAAGCAAUCGCCACUCUCCGAUGUCUGGGGAGAGACGAGAGGUGGCUGGAGAGAGUGGGUCAGGUGGAAAGUCCUCUUCCAGUUGGUCCAGGAUGGAUGAAGGGGGAGGAGCCGAACGCGGGUCAACAGAGGCGCCAGUCUCGAAGUCUGGUCAAGGAUACUCGGGAGCUCCUCGUAUCCAGAGGCAAGAGCAAGUCAUCCACCUGUCCCCGAAGAAGGGCAGCCAGUCGGAUGGCCCUUACUCUGGUCACUCCAGUAGUAACACACUAUCCAGCACUACUUCCAGUGGGGGCCACAGCGACAGCGACAAAUGGUAUGAUAUGGGGACUGGUGGGGGCUCCAGUGGUGACCAGGGUGAUCCAGAACCCAAUGGCCUGGGAGGAGGUGGUUACCUCCAGGGCGCCUCGGCCGACAGCGGCAUCGACAGCGGCUCUUUUGGAGCCUCUCACCACGCCCACCCCCACUCUCACCACGGCAGCACCACCUCGCUGCUGGCUCCCAGUGGAGGCAGAGACAGCAGGGAGAGGUCAGCGUCCCCAUGGCACAGUCCAACCGAGGGAGGCCGCAGGAUGCUCGAGAGGUCGCCUGCUGCUGCCGAGUCCCCUGGCCCUCCAGGAGAGAGAAGCAUGGAUGGAACAGGUCGAAGUCCACCUACUCACCUCCUUGUUAGAGACAGCAGCACCUACAGCCUGAGUGACACUGGAUCUCACUCAAGUGCUCGCCACUCGGGCCACAGCUCUCCCAGAGAGGAGUCGUCCUCUUCGGCAACCUCCCCUUCAUCUCAGUCCUCAGUGUCCCCUGGGCCCAAGAGCUUCUACCCGCGCCAAGGAGCUCAGUCCAAGUACCUGAUUGGUUGGAGGAAGCCCGGCUCCACCAUCAAUUCUGUCGACUUUGGAGACACGCGCAAGAAAUCUCCAGGAGAAAGUGGAGUAGACGUGGCUCCAACCCCGGCAGCCAGGCCAUCUCUGAGAGACAUGCACUCGCCCCAGACUCACGCAAAGUCUACAAUGGAGGAAGAUGUGAAGAGGCACAGUGCUCCAGACAGUCCCCCGCCACCACGAAAACAUAAAGAAAAGCAUAGCCAGAAGUCGCCACCAGAGCAGCCUCUCAGCCGCCGUCGCUCGCUCCAUCGCACUCUAUCAGAUGAGAGCAUUUAUCGUGGCCAGCGCCUUCCCUCCCUGAGCGACACCAUUCCUGAACCGGCUCUCGCCGCUGACGUUCUCUUCAGCUGCUCCACCCUUCCACGUUCGCCCACCACUCGUGGCGUGCCCCUUAGACGGCCUUCCUAUAAGCUGGGAGUCAAACUGCAUGGUGACCUUUCGGCAUCUGACACAUCAUUGGUGGAUUUGGUGGAGCGUCAUCGUGGACCUCUCCCUCAGGAGCUCAUGCCCCUCCCUUCUUCAGACAGAGACAGUCCCCUCGAAUGGACACACCUGGUGGACGUGGCCAAUACCUUUGAGAAUGAGCGAAACACACAUUAUGUCCAGAGAAGUUUUGUUUUUGGUGACUCAAACCACCGGAGCAGCGGCACCUCCAGUCCACAGCAGUCUCACAUAGAGCUGAAGCCUGUUCCACUGUCACGGCCCUCGUCUAGUGAGGGACAUAUAGGGCUGGAGAGGAAAGUGACUAAGCUGGAGGCCAUGGUGAAGAUGCUUCAGGAGGACCUGAAGAAGGAGCGGGAAGAAAAGGUGAGGCUUCAGGCUCAGAUCAAGAGACUCUGGGAGGACAACCAGAGACUGCAGGAGGAGUCCCAGACCUCUGCUGCCAAGCUCAAGAAGUUCACCGAGUGGGUCUUCAACACCAUCGACAUGAACUGACUCCCACCUCCACGUUUUAACCUACACACAUGCACACAAAUGCAAACAUGAGCGCACACACACGCACACACACUCUGGAUAAAGAGGCAGAGGAGGAUCGACACUCACGAGGAAACGGGAGAUUGUUGUUGUUGGACUUGAAUUAUCCUGAUGCUGAAUACGUCAACCAUCUUCCAUUGGCUUCAGCCAUCAGUGGGUAAUGCCGUCGACCAGUCUCGGUCUCUCCUCGCAGACCCUCUGUUAAACUUAGGAAGAUGACACUCAAGAAAAUGGGUGUCAUUCUCACCUAUGAGAGCUGUUGAAUUUGUCUUUCUCUCGUGUGACAAAAUCUCUUUUCUUAAAUUGCCCACAAGGAGAAAGCACUUCACACCCUCCACCUUCUAAAGAAGUCGACUUUGCCUCUUGCGGUUGUUCCAGCGGUGCACGCAAAGAAGCUCCGCCUCCUAUCUGUAGAUUUUGUUCCACGUGGAUGUGCUUCUCUUUUUAGGACAUUUAUUCUUGUUUUUUUUUUUUUUUUUUUAAAUAUUUUUUCCCAGCAAGUCUUUUUAAAUGAUGCCCAGCUGCUCUAAAAGGGGACUCGAGUCCUUUAUGCCAAAUCUCAGCUGCCACAGGAUGGGUGGGGUGGCGUUACAGAGACACCACGGUGAUCUGAAUGAAAGUCUCUUAAAAAUGGUCCCGCAAAGUCAAGACGGGUACGCCAUCAAUCUGCCGGUCCAGCUACUGGAACACAAACGACCGCAUGCAAACACACAUACAGAAACGAUCAUCUGAAACCACAAGAGCAGAGGACACGUGAGAGGUUUUCACUUCGUUCACACCUGCGUGCCCUCCCCUCGAAGGCUCAAACCACCGGACGGUCGCUCUGGCUGUUCGACCGCAGCCACCCACACGGAAACAGGUCGCUCUGCUUCAGCACAGGAGGGAUUUGUACAGUUUCUCUUUUUCUUUCUCUCUCUCGAUCUCACUUUCUCUCUUUCGUGUCAGUCAAAUCUGGAUUACAACAUCCUGACAGAGGGGGAUAUUUAAAAGCCAUCGGCAAGCGAUGCCACUUAAAAAACAAAAGAAAACAACAAAAAACCAAAAGAAUACAAAAAAAACCCAGGACUGAUCCGUAGUGCUUUGGUCCCUCCUAAUUAUAUGUGUCUUAAAAGCAAUAGGAAGAAGUCAGGACUCUCUUAAGAGACGCUUAAAGUGGGAAAAGAUGAUUUGGAGCUUACAAGGCUGCCGAUUUGUGCUGCACAAGAGCCUUUAUCCUUUCCCACUGAACUGUGAGGGGGGAAAAGGAAAGUGAGAACUCUAAACAUCAUCCCACUGUCUGCAGAGACAGCUGCUGAUUAAAAGUGACAGAGACAUUAAUGAGAUGGGAAAAGUGUUGUUUUUUCCUCCCCCAGGUUUAUUUAUUUCCUUGUAUUAUAAUCCAAUAAAUACGUUGUUCUAUUCGUAUAGUACAACUGACAUCAGUGUUUAGUUCCUCAAGACAAACGGUCACUAGCUAUAUUAUUUAAAUGGCUUUCUUUCUUAAUUCUGGCUAAAGCCUGACUUGUAUGGUUUUUAUUCUGUAUUCUGUUGUAUUUUGUGGUGCCCAAGCCUGCUGUCGUGUUGCUUACAGUGCCCUCUAGUGGUGACCAGUGGAAAUGUCAUGAUUUGUAAAUGUGCUGCCAGUCACUCUGUAUUUUUCUAACGCCUCUUCCGCAAUCAGUCAGACAUCAAACCGUGGAGGCCACACAAACAGGACAGGAGGAAUAAUCAGAAGCCAACCUUGAGAGACAAUCACAGGUGUAUUUUUGAUAAAAAAGGAGCAGACCUAAGGUGUGUGUGUCUGUGUGUGAGUGUGUGUGGAUGUUGUGUCUGCAGAGCAUUUAUAGUUUUCCUCAGGUUCAGUUUAUGUCAGGAAUGUGAGGAAUCAACAGAAAUUGCAUAUGUGGCUAUCUGUUAGGAGGGGGCUACAGUAUCAGCUGUACCUGUGUGUGUGUGUGUGUGUGUGUGUGUGUGUGUGUGUGUGUGUGUGUGUUGUCGUCGUGUGAAUGUACAUCAGUCAAUCCAGCCGUGCCUACAGUCACUUAUCUUGGUCAUUUACUCCGAGGCAGAGCAGGGACAUGCCUUUGAAACAGCACCUGGGGAACAGAUAAAAGGGAAAGGCUCUUCUCCUUCAUCCUGAAAGAUAAGCACACCUGGUACAGUAACACGCACGCACUCACCAGAUACGAUUUUAAUUUGAGUUCACACUCACAGUCGUCGACUCGGCUGAGAGGCUUCAUCCUUUCAUUUGCUCAAAUGCUUAUUUCUCCUCUUCAGUCAGUCAGGCCAGCCUCCCGACACAGUGACGAGUAUUUGUGGAAGUCUGUCUGCGUGUGUGCCUUUGCAUUCAAUUACUUGAGCCACUGGCCCCUGUAAUACAAGUGUGCCGGAAGACAGGUUUUUUUUUUUUUCUUCCCCCACAUCACAAAGCUGCUUACAACACAAGCAAGAGUCACAGCUGGGUGUUUGACAC